GGAAUACUGGCGUCUGGCUCGAUGUGCUUUCUGUGAUACUCGGAAGCAAAUAUUUCGCGGAUUGAAAAGAUUCUACUUAAAGUUCGGUGAGUUUAAACUCUCUUGUUGGUUUAACCCGCAACAAAUAGAUCCAUAGCUAGUCGAUAUCAUAUUUACAUUUUGUUCGUUUUGAAGUUGAUGAAAUAGUUAUUGCCCCUUGCAAUAAGCCUUGUAGAGAGCGCCUGGGAUAUGUAAAGCGAGGUUAUUUCGAUCAGCAAAUAUCUAAUUCCAAAUCGCUAAGAAGCUAGUAAUAAUUAGACGGAAUGAUAGCGAUAUGAUAAGCGGCACCUUGAUAAUACGAUAAGAGUGGAUUAAGAGGAAAGAUGAGCUUAUUCUAAGCUGAUGAAUCCAUUUGCACUCCGUGUAGUCUAUUUCGAUAUUGUAGUGCGAAAAUACAAAAAAUUUCUACCACUGAAGGAGGUCUUUACAACGCCUCUUUGCUGAAUAAUUCUCAGACCGAUAUUACUCUGAUGAAUAACCUGGACGUAAAUGAAAUAUUUUCAUAGGUCAAUUAUAUGCAAGUCUCAGGUGAAUAAUCAAGAAAACAAACGCACGAACCUCUGAAAAGCCAUAGCACUUGUUGCACUGGUAAUAAAUCAAUUAAGCAAUAAAUAUUUCAGAUCAAGGCAAAUUUGAAACCGUCUUGUCGAAUUAAUCUUAUCAUUUAUAGCAAGGGGGCAAGCUUCAAAGGCGGUGAACUCUACUCUUCAAUAAUACCCUUUCAGUCUUACCAGCUCACUGAUCCAUUUCAAUCAUUUAUCAUCUAGACUUAAUUUGCUUGUUUAUUCUUGUUUGGGAAGUCAGGAGGGUUGUGCCUAAACACGUCAGAUUACUUUAACAGUGUUUUACAGGAUGGUAACGGAGAUACACUUUUCGGAGUAUUGCGGUUGAAAGUCAUUUCUCAGUCUCAGAGCCUAUCCUGAGAGGAAUUACUGGAUAUCUCAAGAGAGGCUGCAGUUAUGGGAACAGAUCUUUUAAUUGAGCGAGCACAAUGUUUAAACUUGAUAGCUUCUCGAAAUAUCAAGCAAACAAGCCGCUAUCACCUACUGUGCAGGCAUUUGUCACGCGUAAAUCACGCGUAGCAGGGACAUGCAACGAAACACGGAAAAAAAUAUCUUUCAUUCGCAGGUGGUCAUUAGAAUGUCAAUCAACAAUAGAUCUUCGUGCCAACAACACUUGCUCUUUAGCAUUACUCAAGGGUCCUGAAGACAACAUUCAAUACUCCUCAAUUAUUAGAUAGUUUGAUAAUAUUUGAAGACUAUAUGGCGUUGUUAAACUUAGCCUAAAAUCUCGAAGUAAGGGACAAGUCGCCAAAAGAAUUUGGCUCCAUACAACGGGGCCUCUGGGACUUCUCUCCUUUGAACAUUUAUCAGGUUUAGUUUCUGAUUAUUUUGACUGCACUAUUGCAUUUAUGCUAGCAUGGCCCCAAUCACUUAUGCUGCGUUCUUUAUCGUUAUCUUCACAGCCUAUUAAAAGAGAAGAUCAGCAUAGCGUCGUGAUGGACUUCAAGUAUAUUUUCUCCGUUCCUCUUACCAAGCAGAUGACAAGGACCGAAAAGUUUGUUCAGCGGUCUUGUCUUAUGUUUUACUGCUUAGGAGGAGCAACAUUUCUCCUAUCACCGCAGAUUGUGGGCAUCGUUUUCACGCUAGACUUGGUGGGCCACUCUGAUGGCUACCUCCGCUUACUAGGGCUCGCAGUGAUCGAAAUUGGCUUCAUCUUUAUCAUUUCAGCGCGCUCAUAUUGCAGAGGGUCUCGCUAUGCGACCAUUCUGACCUCAGUGGUCGACCGUCUGGUUUGGGCAAAUUUCAUAUCGUUAAUGUUGGUCGAGAAAGGCUUGCUCCCGUUUAGACUCUCCUUGUUUUGGAUGGUACCCAAUUCCAUAUUUGCAUUGGCCAUAGUGGUUAUUUGGAGCCAGGAGACGAAGGAUGCCUCUGUAAGCAAGUUUUUACAAGAAGUCACCUUGGACAUAAAACGGUUUGAAAUGGCUAAGACUGAAGGGCUGGUUGCUACUGUUUUUGUUCUGGGAGUCGUUCAAUUCUGUUUCUGGUCGCUUUUAGUUAUAAGGCCUGAUUUUGCUGCGAUAAUAUUCCAGCUAGAUAAAUUCAGUGGGUUUUCGCAAGGGUUUCUGGCUUCGUAUUUCUUUGUGAGAUCAGCCCAUGGAUUGCAUUACAUGAUUGCUGCAAGCAAUGGGAACCUGCGUGUUGUCUCUGCCUUUGUUUGUAGCCGAAUCCUUUUAAAUGUUCCAACGUUUUUUUGCUUGCUUAUUUUUGAUCAGAUUGAGAAAAAUUUGUUCAUUGCAUUGUUGAGUCUUGAGCUUUUGAUUUCAACAAUCCUUCUCACCAUCAUUAUGCGAGCAAAGCCUUUUAAGGCAGACUACAAAAUAGAAUAGAUCUAGUCACUGCCCCUUGAUUUUCUCUUCAGUGUCGUUGUCCGCGCGAAGCUUGGGUCCAAAUAGGCGAGUAGCUCUCAGCUCUCGGUGACAUCACAGCCUACAAUAGGGCCCAGUUUCUACCGCAAAGAGAACACGACGGACUGGCUGCAUCUAUUAAUUGCCAGUUACAUUUCAUUUUUAUAAAGAAAGUAGUACUUCGGGUAAGGAAAAAAGGUAAAUUAACUGGGACGGGCGGAAAAGAAAAAAAAAAUCGUUAUUGUCAACUAAAUUCAGGAGAGACUUUCUCAAGUAGAAAUCUGGAAUUCUGAGUACAAAUAAUCGGUAACUUUCGAUGAAUUUGUUUGUAGUAACAAUACACGUAAAAUUACGUGUGUUCCUUUAGAAAAGUUGUGUCCUCUGAAGUAUUUUCCCUUAAGUGUUGCCUUUGGCAACCGUCGUUUUGGUGCGACUUGUUAGCAAGUGAUUAUUUUGUAUUUUAAACAUUAUCCAGCAUUUACAUGUACACGAAAGUGCUGUAGUUUAGUACAUUGCCUGUGAUUUUGUGAUGAUAAAUAAAGCUAAUAAUUUAGUCUAAAAUUGAAUUUCUAAACUGGUCAUAUUCAUUUAUACGUUUGAUCAGUCUGUUAACUUGCGAUAGCUUGCGAGGAUUUUCAGGUAGAAGUCCUCUUCUUUAUCAAUAUGAAUUAUCUCUGUGUCAAGAAAGGAAAAAGAUGC